CCCCGCCCCCAGGAGGCAGAGGCGGCCGAGGUGGCUGUCUGUGGUCGCGGCAUCUUCGCGGCUCGGGCUGAGGAGGCGGCUUCGGCCCGGGGCGAGCGAAGGAGCGAGCGGAGCCGGAGCCGGCUGUCUGGCACCCUGCUUGGGAUGGCAGAAGACCAGGAGCCCCCUCAGCUGGGCCAGGUGGCCCCCGAGCCCAUGGCUCAGCACUGCAACAGCAACACCUACCGGAGCGCGCAGCAUUCUCAGUCCCUGCUCAGCGGGCUGUUGGCCCUGCGAGACAGCGGGAUCCUCUUUGACGUUGUCUUGGUGGUGGAAGGCAAGCAAAUAGAAGCCCAUCGCAUCCUCCUGGCCGCGUCCUGUGACUACUUCCGGGGCAUGUUUGCCGGAGGACUGCGCGAGAUGGAGCAGGAAGAGGUCCUGAUCCAUGGCGUUUCCUAUAAUGCCAUGUGCCAGAUUCUGAAUUUCAUUUACACGUCAGAGCUGGAGCUCAGUCUGCACAAUGUCCAGGAGACCCUGGUGGCUGCCUGCCAGCUUCAGAUCCCAGAAAUCAUCCGUUUCUGCUGCGACUUCCUCAUGUCCUGGGUGGACGAUGAGAACAUUCUGGAUGUGUACAAGCUGGCCGACCUCUUCGAGCUGGGCCGGCUGACGGAGCAGCUUGACUCCUACGUCCUCAGGAACUUUGUGGCCUUCUGUAGGACUGACAGGUACCGCCAGCUGCCCCUCGACAAGGUCUAUGCCCUGCUCAGCAGCGACCGGCUGGAGGUCAGCUGCGAGAGCGAGGUCUACGAGGGCGCGCUGCUCUACCACUACAGCCAGGAGCAGAUCGAGAGCGGCCAGGUGUCUCUGCUGGAGCCGCCCAAGCUACUGGAGACUGUGCGCUUCCCCCUCAUGGAGCUUCCGCUCCUGCAGAAGCUCCAUGAUGAGCUGAGCCCAUGCCCGCUGCGAGACACAGUGGGCAGCGCCCUGCGCUACCACCGCCAGGAGAUCCUGCAGCCCAGCCUGCAGAGCUCCCAUACGGCCCUGCGCUCCGAGUUCCGCUGCGUGGUGGGCUUUGGGGGCAUGCACUCGACCCCCUCCACGGUCCUCAGCGACCAGGCCAAGUACCUGCACCCCACGCUGGGGGAGUGGCGCCACUUCACCGCCGCCCUGGCACCCCGCAUGUCCAAUCAGGGCGUGGCCGUACUGCGUAACUUUGUGUACUUGAUUGGCGGGGACAACAAUGUCCGAGGCUUCCGUGCCGAGUCCCGAUGUUGGAGAUAUGAUCCAAGGCACAACAGGUGGUUUCAGAUCCAGUCCCUGCAGCAAGAGCAUGCUGACCUGUGUGUGUGCGUCCUGGGCAAGUACAUCUAUGCCGUGGCCGGGCGAGACUACCACGCGGACCUGAAGGAGGUGGAGCGCUAUGACCCUGACACCAACACGUGGGACUACGUGGCGCCCCUCAAGAGAGAGGUGUAUGCCCACGCGGGGGCCACUCUGGGCGGAAAGAUGUACAUCACCUGUGGCAGGCGAGGUGAGGACUACCUCAAGGAACUGCACUGCUAUGACCCGGACACCAACUGCUGGGAGGCGCUGGCCGACGGCCCCAUCCGGCGCGCCUGGCAUGGCAUGGCCUCCCUGCUGGGCAAACUGUACGUGAUCGGAGGCAGCAACAAUGACUCGGGCUACCGGAGGGACGUCCACCAGGUUGUGUGCUACAGCCCCAGCACCAGGCAGUGGACAGCAGUCUGCCCCCUCCCUGCUGGACACGGCGAGCCGGGCAUCGCUGUCCUGGACAGCAAGAUCUACGUUUUGGGGGGCCGCUCCCACAACCGAGGCAGUCGCAUGAGCUACGUGCACAUCUAUGACGUGGAGAAGGACUGCUGGGAAGAGGGGCCUCAGCUGGAGAACGCCAUCUCCGGGCUGGCGGCGUGUGUCCUCACUCUGCCCAGAUCUCUGCUCACAGACCCUGCCCGGCGAGCCCCCGGCUGGCACCCGGACCGGGGGCAGCGUGACCCUGACCUGGGCUCAGAGGUGAUGAGUGUGUCUGACUGGGAGGAGUUUGAUAACUCCAGUGAAGACUGAACCUGGGGCCGAGAGCCCUCUUAGAUUUUAGAGGGAAGGAUAGCAGGGGCCUUGAAAGGUGAAGAAAGACUGAGCACUGGAGGCCUGGCUGCCUCACCUCCAUCUCUGCACCUCCGAAGAUGUUAAAGGCAGGUCAGACACCUUCCAGCGUGUCUUGUCGUCAUUGGCCACAUGUGACUCAACCAGUCCGGGCCCCGGGAGCUCUUUGAGGAAAGGGCCCUGGACAAUGUGGCAAGAUGUGCAAACAGAGGGUUUUAAAAAAGUGAUUUUAAACCUUUGAGAGUAACUUUGUAGAUCCCCCUCCUGCUUGGGCAGACUAGCAGCCUUGGCCCAGUCACAUCGCCCAGGUUCCUGGGGAAGCAAUCCUCCUUCCGAAGCAGAAGCUUCUGGAGGCUGGGCUGGAGCAGAGGACCAGCACGCUGACCCUGAGGGGCAGACACCAGCACGCCCCAAGGCACAGAGCUAGCCUCAGGAGGCUUAGAACCAGUUUUGAAGAUGGAAAGGGCAAGGAUUACUGGGGGGGAGGGGGGCUUUUUCAAAACCUUACGGUUUGUAAAUGAAAUAAUAAAAUCCUAUAGGAAGUCUUUAUUGCAUUGCUAG